CCUCAAUCCCUAAUCCCUAAUCCCUAAUCCCUAAUCCCUAAUCCCUAAUCCCACUCACAUGGGUACACUCGCACGUACUUGUAUUGCUCAACCCCCCGGUGCCUCCAGUACCUCCCGUACCUCCAGUGCCUCCAGUGCCUCCACCUCCUUCCUCUCAGUGUCUGUUCUUCAAAUUCUAUCCCACCCAUCUCCACAAUCCACGUAUCUUCGAUAGAGCUUUACCAGGUGUUUAUAUCUAUAAACUCUUAUUAAAAUAGAUCCUGGAAGAUCUAUAUCGACCAUACAAGAAGAUCGACGUAUCUUGCAACACAAUCAUUGAGCAAUUGAGCUUUCAUUCGCAUAUACAUAAAGCACCCACUACCUACACCUACCUAUCCAAAAAGAAGAAAAUAAGAAGUCGUCCCAAACCACUUCAAUUCACUCCAACCUAUCGACACUCCCUCUGAAGCAUUUGAUCUUCGAAUCUUUCAAACAAACAACUGCCAUCUCAUCUUUAUAUUCAUUCGUCGGACCUCAGAUCUCUCGACUUGUUUUCGCAAAUAAUCAUCUCGCCAAGUUUAUUCACUGUUACUUACUACCCAUUCGCUCCUGCUUUUCCAAAUCGAUUUCGCAUAUUUAAUCAACAACCUUCAUGCCCAUUGAAUGACAUCCACGCAAUGGCAAUGCUAGCUUCAAAGAAUCCCUUUCCCGCUUCGCUGGGCCCCUCCUCAUCUUCCUUUUCUUCUAAUUCACAAACAGCCACUACUCAAUCGAGUAGAAGAGCGCCCGCCAUGUUGGCCUCAAAUCAAACAUUCGCGAGCCCGACAGAAUCCGAGUUUUCAGACGUUGAUGGUCCAGAGUCUGCGAAAAGAUGGGACGAGGAUCAAGUUGGCGACUGGCUAAGGAGCAUCAACUGCGACGACUACGAGAAGUUAUUCAAGAGAAACAAUAUCAAUGGCGAGAAUCUUUUGGAGAUGGACAAGGCAGUACUUCAGGAAAUGGGUAUUGAAAAGAUAGGAGAUCGCGUUCGUUUAUUCUUGGGCAUCAAGAAGCUCAGGACGAAGGCGUAUGCCAACCAGAAGAAAAGAAAUAGGGAUUCUUUCGCGACGUUGGAUACUUUUGAACACACUCCAUCUUCCUCUGGCUCUCCUCGCCCCACAAACUCUGGGAGUCGAAACAUGGCUACAUCUACCAAUAAGAGAUUCUCAAGGCAGUUUGAUACAUUCAACACCGCGACAGCGAUCCCCGAGAACGUUAGCAAAGCAGUUUCGCGACCCGUCUCACCUUUAACAAACUCUGAAGCUCGACCUGUACGACAACAACAAAGAUAUGGUGUCAUGAGCCCCGCAGAACAAAUGAAGCGAGACCAAAACCAGGGAUACUUUAAUGGUUCAAGCAACAUUAGCAUACCAGGCAGCGCUGCAACUGUUUCCGGAAGACGUCCCACCACUCCAUCUGAUCCCACACAACCACAGAUAGCUCGGCUAGCUACUGGCCAUACUCGAGCCAAUCCCAGCAUCGACGGCUCACUUAUGGCUUCAUUGCCAACAAACCAAGAUGUCAUCAGAGUGAUAUCUUCUAAAGGUGUCACAAAGGUGGUCAAGGUUGCAGAUUGUAGCUCUUGUGACGAGGUGAUGCGAUUGACUCUGAGAAAAUUUGGCUACCGUGAGGAUCAUGAUCGGAACUACUGUUUCUGGGUUCUUGCUGGUGUUGAUCCGGACCCUAGCCAAUGCCGUCGAUUGCCAGAAGCUGAACUUUGGCGUAUCAUCAAAGAUCAAAAGAGGGCAGAAAGAAACCGACUCAUCCUGCGAAAGAUACACGCAGGUGAACCUGGCGACGACGAGCUACAGCGAGCCGCUAGCAUCGCGUUGGAGGAGGCUACAACGACUCACAGUCGCGCCAUUGAAACAUCUGAUAACAAGCGCAGUCAACUCAAAGUCCAGAAAAUGCUCGGAGAAACCUGGAAUGACAAUCUUCAGCAUCCACUGUCACCCGCCUCGUUUCAAUCCACUGGAUCCAACUUGUCCAUUACCGAGAGAGAACGUAAUGUGUAUAACGCGGCUAAGGAUCUCGAAAGGCCAUUGCCAGCCGACAUGAGGGAGAGCUCAAGACAAAAGGCGAGCAAGAAAGGUGGCGGUCUACGCCACUUCUUUGGACAAAGGCCUCCAAGUGAAUUGAUCACAUCAGAUUUGACGACAUACUUCCCCGACCAUCCGCGUGAAGAGAUUGAUCGUACUGCCAGACUUUCACUGCGGAGAUCCACUCGUCUAAGUAAGGUCAACAGUCGUUUGAGCGUUGCUAGUAAUCUGAGCUUUGCUUCGAGCGUAGCGGAUGCACCUCCAAUGCCAACAAUUGCCGACACUUGGCUCAUGGGAAAUAGUCAAUUGGCAAAAAUCAGACCAUUGGACCUUUCGAGGGCAACCAGUAGUCGAUUUAGAGAUUCGGUGGCUUCUUCAUUACUUGACAUCGUUCAAGAAGAAUCGCCAACCGAGCCAAAUCGCAAAUCUUACGUCUCAUUUGCGACUGACAGCGGAUCUGACACUACCAAUGUUAAUGUAACUACUGACGAUUCAAGUAGCGUGAGAGAUAGCUACUUUGAAGAUGGCAGCACAGAAGCUGGAGAUUCUCUGAAAGAAAUUACCCAAGCUCUGAAUAAUGAUGGAGAGGAAUUAGAUGAGGAACUAGAGAGUUUCUUACAGGGCGACUCUUGGGAUGACAGUAAAUGGAUGAAGGGUGCACUCAUUGGUCAAGGUUCCUUUGGUAGUGUUUUCCUGGCUUUGCAUGCUGUCACUGGUGAACUUCUUGCGGUCAAGCAAGUCGAGACACCUUCGCCAAGCACAGACAGUAAAAACGAUGCUCGCAAAAAGAGUAUGAUUGAUGCUUUGAAGCGCGAAAUCAGUUUCCUGCGUGAUCUCCAGCACCCCAACAUCGUCCAGUACCUUGGAGCAAGCUCAUCUGAUAACCAUCUCAACAUUUUCCUAGAAUAUGUCCCUGGUGGGUCUGUCCAAACCAUGCUUAACUCCUAUGGCGCAUUGGGAGAGCCUUUAAUUCGAAGUUUUGUGCGACAAAUUGUUACUGGCUUGGCUUAUCUCCACGGUAAAGAUAUUAUUCACAGAGAUAUCAAGGGGGCAAACAUCCUUGUUGACAACAAGGGUGGAAUCAAAAUCUCUGAUUUUGGAAUCUCGAAAAAGAUUGAAGCAUCAAAUCUUCUUAAUGGGCCUGGCAACAACAAGAACCGACCUUCUCUACAAGGUUCUGUCUUUUGGAUGGCACCUGAGGUCGUCAAACAAACCGCCUAUACACGCAAAGCUGAUAUUUGGUCACUCGGCUGCCUUGUCAUUGAAAUGAUGACAGGUACUCACCCAUUCCCUGAUUGCUCUCAACUGCAGGCUAUUUUCAAGAUUGGUGGUGCACGAAUCAGCCCUACAGUACCAGAUGAGGCUAGCUCCGAUGCAAAGAUCUUUUUGGCUUCAACUUUUGAAGUUGAACAUACUAAACGACCAAGUGCUGACGAGCUGCUACUCAGCCCAUUUCUGAACCCAAUCACUUGAUUAUGUUAUUGAAGAAUCUUGUGUGGCACCUGUAUUAUGUUAGUAUAUGCUUCAAAUGCAUUGCAAGCGCUGGACAUUGCAUCGUAUUGGAGUUUCUACUUUCAGCAUAUUCAUUUUCUUGUACACUUUUUUCACCUUUUUUCUUUUCUUUUUUUGAUGUCGUAACGAAAUACGAUACCCAACGCUUCCUAUGGAUUUAGGCAUAAUAAGGGUACAUAACAUAGACGCACGGAUGACGGGAGGAAUGAACUGUGACAUCACUGGUUGAUCUCUUCUUUUGGUGGCAAGCAGGUACAUUUUAGGAGGGAAAAAUGAAGGUGGACAUUAUGACACAAUGUAUCCAAAAGGGGUGAAAUGGAAAGAUGGAAGAUACGUAUGAAAAAGUUGCGGGAUUUCAAAGUGUACAAAUAUAGGGUAGUAACCGAUAUGAUCAUCAUG